AUGAGUUUUUUAAAGAUAACUGACCCUAAGAAGAGGGAUGAAACGAUCCAAGAGUACCUAAGGAUGAAGAAGAGCAUUCAGAAGCAGUCUUUUGACAAGCUCUUAGCAGAUAAAAACAUCUACACACAAGGCGAAAAAUUGUUUAAGCCCAUCAUUGACACACAAAAGGAGGAGAGUGAAAAGAUCACGAAGGAGCUUCAGAACGUGGCAACUUCACUUGAGCCACUUUCUACUCUCCCUACUUUCGAUGCAGCACAGAAGGCUAUUGAGGCUCCUCCAAUGUUCAAAGGAGUAGAACUUUGGGAUAUCGCGACUAAAGCGCUUUCUGAGAGUCUCGGUAAACAAGGCGAGUACGAUAAUGUUACUGGUAUUUAUAAAAACCCUACAGAUGGCAAGUUUUACAUUGGAGAUUCCAAAGUUGAAUUCAAUGGGAAUAACCUCUUAAUCGAUGGGGAUGAAUAUGAAGGUACCCCAGGACUAUGGCGUUUGAUUACCUCAAAGGGACCAGAGGGAUAUACACAAAAUGACUACGCAACUUACUCCGACUUAAUGCAGCGAACAAACGCCCUAAAAAGCGAGAAGGUUCCACGUCGCCCUAAAACAAAUAAAGGGUGGAAGUGGAAAGAACUCCUUAAACCAAUCUGGACAGAGCAGAAAGAACGCGAGUCGCCGAGGAAGAGAAGCCGAGCGUCAACGCCUAAGAAAGGCAAUGGUGUGACAUUUUUACCCUCAGAUCCUAUCAACUUGCUCGAACAGUUAAAGCUGUCUUUUGCGAGCAAUCAGGCAGGUAACACUGGUGAGAGAAACAGGAUCGUCAGUAUUCUCGAGGCUUUGCUUGGAAUGGGGGAAAUUGAGAGAGACGAUUAUAAAAAAUUUAAUCUUAUGAUUAAAUAA